AUGGCUACUGAAUCUGUUAUCCUUGUCACUGGCGGCUCUGGCCUUGUUGGUGAAGCCGUCAAGUGGGUCAUUGAAAACGACCAGAGCAAACGUUACGGUAAGAAGGAAAAUGAAACGUGGAUCUUUUUGUCCUCCAAGGAUGGUGAUUUGAGAAAAGAACAAGAUGUCAAGGCUAUUUUUGAAAAGUACAAGCCUACUCAUGUUAUCCAUUUGGCUGCCAUGGUCGGUGGUUUGUUCAAGAACAUGAAGUACAAGCUCGACUUUUUGCGCGAGAAUAUGCUCAUGAACGACAACAUCUUAUGGCAAUCCAAGGAAUACAAUGUCAAGAAGGUUGUUUCUUGUCUUUCCACUUGUAUCUUCCCCGAUAAGACCACUUAUCCUAUUGAUGAGACCAUGGUCCAUAACGGCCCUCCUCAUGAGUCCAACUUUGGUUACGCCCACGGUAAGCGUAUGAUCGACGUUUAUAACCAUGCCUACCACGAGCAAUUUGGCUGUCAUUUCACCUCUGUUAUCCCCACCAACAUUUUCGGUCCUCAUGACAACUACAAUCUUGAAGGCUCUCAUGUCUUGCCUGGCUUGACCCAUAAGUGCUAUCUCGCAAAGAAGAACAACACUCCCUUUGUUGUUUGGGGUUCCGGUAAGCCUCUCCGUCAAUUCAUCUACUCUCGUGAUUUAGCCAAGCUCUUCAUCUGGACUUUGAGAGAAUACGAGGAAAUUGAUCCCAUUAUCUUGUCUGUUGGCGAAAAGGACGAAGUUUCCAUCAAGGAUGUUGCUGAUUCUAUUGUCAAGGCUAUGGAUUUCCAAGGCGAAUACGCUUUUGAUUCCACCAAGGCUGAUGGUCAAUACAAGAAGACUGCCAGUAAUGAAAAGUUGAUGAAGUAUAUCCCUGAUUUCGAAUUCACACCUUUCGAUGUUGCUAUCAAGGAAUCAGUCGAUUGGUUCGUUGAGAACUAUGAUACCCUUCGCAAGUAG